AUGGCUGCCCCCCACGGCCGCGCCUGCGAUCCGAGCCCCCCGCGCGCGCUGCUGCUUUCGCUUUUCUUCUUCUUUUGUCCUAUUUCCUUCUUUCCCAUCACCAGCCUGUUCGCCGCCGCCGCCUUCGCUGUCAUGGCUCCGGCGCCCGUCGCACUACGAAUGAGCAAAUUCUGCGAGAUUGCGUUGCGCCGCCGGCCUCUCGCAAUCUGCGCGACCAAGCAAAUCGCUGCCUAUACUACUACACCGAGCUGUACUCCCAAUGCUGCAAUGCCCUCGUCCGCCAACCAUCUGCCCGCACCGCUCCUGUGCUGUCGAGGCCCGCAGAGCCGCACGCUCCGUCCCAACAGAAAAAACACCUCGUCAACCUGGGAACCACUCGGCUAG